UUCCUCUACAGAAAGAAACCUUUCUUUGGGAGAGAAGGAAGAACAAGAUGACGACGACAACGACCGCCAUCUCUUCUCCUCUCAGAGAAACCAACAUUUCCACAAAGCCCCCUCACCCCCUCCACCAAAUCGCUGAAAACCGAACACACAAGCUCCUCUUAAAGCAAUGGCUCAAAGAAGAAGACCUAAUAGCCCGCCGCAUUGCCAUCAAAGAAACCCAACUCGACUCAGUCCGCCGUGAAAUCACAGCCCUCAGCUGUGCAUUUUUCAUCUUCCACUCUCUUUCCCUCGUCCUCCUCUUCUCAGCAGCGGCCCAUCAACCCAUCGCAGCCUGCCGCCGCUCAUGGAUCCCCUGCCUCUGCUCCCUCCUCUGUUCCAUGACAAUUGUUUGGGCAAUUAGAUACAAAGCCGACACCGAAAGCCAUCUUGAAAAGCUUCUUGAAAGGGAGAAGGAGGAUGGAUUGCUGCUUGGAAAGUGUGUGGAAGAGUUGAAGCGAAAGGGGCUGGAGUUUGAUUUGUUGAAAGAAGUGGAUGCGUUGAGGAGGGCGAAAAGCUUGAGGGUAGAGGCGAAGGGACAGGUGAUUGGGGUGGCUAAGAGAUGGUCGAAGAGGGAUUUUGUUUUGAUGUUCUUCUUUGCAGCUUCUUGUGGGGUUUUGGGAUUGAUAAGAUUUGUGCUUUGCAGCCGUUAUUAAGUUAUAGUUGUUUAGGAGUUCAGAGGGUUUCAUUGGGUUCUUAAUUUAUUUUGAGGUUUUGGAAAUUCAUGGCAGAAUGUUUUGUUCUGCGAAUUUCUCAAUAUUUCUUUGCUUUGGAAGUUGAUGUGAUAAUAUAAUUAGGUACUGUUUAUCUGUAAUUUUAAUAAAGA